AUGCUCAGGCCAAACGUCUACAACAAAGGAACAACUCUCUCCCACGUUGGCAAAGUGGAGAUUCCACUUCCAGAAGACGAUGCUGAAAUCAUGACGACCCUUGUACUUUUGAUACAUGGCCGUCAUCAGCAUCCUGAUCUUCAUCCAAUGGUAAAUAUCGAUUGCCUGGGCCAGGCAGCGAUUCUGGUUGACAAAUACCAAAUGCAUGAGGCCACCAACUUUAUCACUUCAGAAUGUGCACGUUCAUACUUUCGUGAAACCCCAAUUGUCGCUCACCGUUUACCUGAUUUACCCUUCAUACUCUGCAUCACUUGGGUAUUCAACAUGGAGAGCCAAUUCAAACAGGCCACACGCCAAAUCCAGUACAAAACCGUUGGCAGCAUUAUCGAUUCUGUGGCAAGUUUCCCUGUCGAUUUACCGAUUCCACACAGUGUCAUUCAGAAACUUGAGACCUCAAGACGUGCCAACAUUGCACGCGUAAUCGAAAUCACCAGGCUUAUGAUUGCCAUACGUGAGGACAACAUCGACAGCGCUCAUCGAUUCUGCAGAGCCACCAAGAGAAGCGAAUCACAAGAAGAUGAAUACGAGCUUCAACAACACAGGAAGAAAUGCGAUAGAGUUGUUCUUGACGGUUUAAUAUCCGCAGCUUCACAAAAAGGUCUCAGGCCAUUCAAUCUGGCGCAGUCUCUUGUGGACAAUGGUUCUGUUAAUCGAGCUAUGGAAAAAACUACAACUCUUGAUUUCACGACGGAGUGCGAAAGAUUGAUCGAUUUGCAUACAGAUCAUACCGGGGUCAUUUAUGAGGUAGGAUCUUCCCGCAGAAUCAAACAGGAAAUUGAGGCUGGUGUGAGAGGGAUCGAGGCACGCAUAUUAGGCUUGGGGUUGAAGCGGGAGAAGGCGAGAUUUGUUGUCCCGAUGUUGGAAACACAUCGUUGAGUUUGUGGAUAAUCUUGCCGGAAUUCUUGAACGAUUGGGCAUGUCGAUAAUGUAUUUAAGACGAAGAACAGGAUUUUUAUUGGAAAUGUAAUACA